GAAGACGAGGAGUGGUGGCCUUUCCCACAGGGGCAGCCGGGAGCGAUGUGGCAGCUGGGCCUCACCCCGGCAGGGUUGUGCGUGACCCCCGAGUGGGGGAAGGAAGGCUGUUGCCAUGGUGGCCUGUGUGAGGCAAAUUCCUCCAGGGUGAAGUGGGAGAUAUUUAUACCCAGGGUCAGGCUGAGAGCUGGCCAGCGGCGGAGGGCAGGAGAGCUGGGAUAUUACACAGACAGAGCGAGGCCGUGGUGUGCGGGCAGGACAAUGGAGCCUCUCUACCACAUCUUGGUUCUCUGUGUGGGUUUUCUCACCAAGGCCAGCGCAGAAGCUCCACAGGAACACGACCCAUUCACCUAUGACUACCAGACCCUGCGGAUCGGAGGCCUCAUCAUCGCCGGGAUCCUUUUCAUCCUGGGUAUCCUCAUCGUCCUGAGCAGAAGGUGCCGGUGCAAAUUCAACCAGCAGCAGAGAACUGGGGAACCUGAUGAAGAGGAGGGAACUUUCCGCAGCUCCAUCCGCCGUCUGUCCACACGCAGGCGGUAGAGACACCUGGCGCGAUGGAACCCAGCCAGGAUUCCCCUGGCUCCUGAUGCCUCCCACCCACCACCUGUGCGCCCACCGCCCCCUGGACUGCCCUCUUCCCCAGCCCUGCUCCCACAGACUCCUCUCUGCCGCCCAGACUUCAAUAAAACGUGCUUUUCUCUCUUGA